AUGCUAAUUUGCCACAAGGAUCUUCGAUACGUUAUAAAUAACGUUACGAGAAAUUUUUACGUUCAUGAAAAGUUAUUCAAGGAAGAAAUAAUAUCGAAGAUUAAAGCUGGAAAAAAGGUGGCCUGGUGGAUCACUGUGCCAUACACAUCCAUGUUCAUCUUGACCAUCGGUUUGAUUGCUGCUGAGCAGAUCGUGGCAGCAAUCAAGCACGCGGACAGAUUCUCAGCUGAAGGGAACGAGACAGAAGUCACUGGAGUUUAUCAUCGGAAACUCCCUCUAAAAAUAUGGUUACCAAUUAAUGUAAAGGAAAGCCCGUCCUACGAAAUUGGCUUCAUGUAUCAGGUCGUUUGCUUCACUUUCGAAAUCUACAGCACGUGCAUAAUUGACACUUUCAUCGUGGUUCAUGUAAUGUUCGCUUCCAUUCAAUACGAGCUGUUAGGAGAAAUGAUACAGCUCUCAGCUGAUAAGGUGGCCAUGUUACUACGAGUCCGGUCUGAAUCUUCGCAACAAGAUUCAGAACAUAAAGCUGGUUCAUUACACAGCGAGUACGAGACGGAAACAGUGGAUAAACAAAAUACGAAACUUAGCAACGGUGAAGUCACCUACAUCAGCAACAAAGAAAAUUUGAUGUCAACACCCACCACAGACGCUUUCCGGCGAGAGAUGAACAUUUAUUUGGGUCGAUGCAUUAAACAUCAUCAAUCUCUGUUAAAGUACAUCGUGCAUCUGAAUAUCUUAAGCAGCCCAAUACAAUUCCUGCAAGCGCUGACAUCUUCGUUACUCAUUUGCACCCUUGGCUUUACAGCAAUAGUUUCUGGAAGCACAGCUAUCUUACCGAAGGUCCUUAUGUACACCUUUGAUGCUCUUCUGCAGAUCGGACUACCUUGCUGGUUCUCAACACAACUGCGGGUGCAGGGCGAGAGGAUUGCAGAAGCCGCGUACGCUUGUGAGUGGUACAACGAACCUGCGUCCUUCCAGAAAUCAGUCGGUUUUGUCAUAAUGAGAGCCCAGCAACCCGUCGUCCUCACAAUGGGUCCAUUCGGAACCGUAUCGCUAGAACUGUUCGCAGCGGUGGUGCAAUCAGCAUAUUCUUACUUGGCAUUAUUGCGGAAUGUGUAUGCAGAGCAGUAGCAAGGACUGUGCAACGGUUACAGUAACCCAACAUUUGAGAAACAGUAUUAAAUUCAACUAGAAAAUUACCCGUCAAUAAUUGUACGGAAAAAAGCAAACAGCAGAAUGGUUAUCUUAUUUGUUGCACUAAUAUUAAGUCCUUCAACAGACACAUUUGAGAUUACAACAACUAAAAAUAAUGAUUUUAAUAAAUGUUCACCAACCAACCAAUAGCAUUUACAUUGCAUUGCAUUGAUUAGUUUGCAAUAAAAAAGUCGAGGCUGCUUGAAUCUACAACAGCCAGUUUACAAAUUAAUAGAAAAGAAAGAAAACAUUCAAAAUGUAUGUUUGUAUUGAAUACAGCUCACAGGAGCACUUCGAACAUCUAUUCAGUGGUUCUCAUCCUUGAGCCACGAACUUUAACCAAGUGCGUAGCGGGGCUUUGAACAUAAGAAUGACUAUACAAUGCAAAUUAAAGAAUCUAAUGUAAGAUUUGAGGUUUUCACAGCUGUGAGUAUGAAGAUUUCUGUCUUCUGGGUUGUUGCGAAUAAUUGUUCCCUGUGAUUGCGUUCCACGUGGGCGACAAGGUUUUGAGCUGGGCCAGUCCACGAGCAUUUAGCAGAAAA